AUCCACAGCCUAGACCGCGAAGUGAUAUCGAUUUCAUCUUAGCUAUUACGCGCACGUCCAUCCUUGUCGCAUUUAGCUGUGAGGCACAACGGCGUCAACUGACUAAGAAAAGGAAAACCCGACAAUCACCACCACCACUAAACACCACUAAACCCGAUUACGUUUGGUUUCGUCCCUCUAUUCUACGUUUAACAGGACCGGUCCGUCGUGAUCUAUUUUCCAUCCGACCCAAAACCUGCAGCGAAAGGGUUUCCUACAUACGUUUUUUUAUCCUACACUACAUCACGCUAGUUUUCCCUAACUUAGGGGACCACCUAAGUUAGCGAACUUCGUUUGGUCUCUUCCUUUCGCUACCUCGCUACGUCGUACGUACGGCGACUGCCCGCCACCUAGAAUGGUCUAUUGAAAGGCGAAGGGAAAAAUAUACCCCACCGUUGCCUGUAUGUGUGCGCGUGUGUAAGACAGGAGACAAUCAUCCACAAAAAAUCAUAAGAGCCAAAAGUUCAAGUUCGAAUGGGGACGUAGAAACGAACCGUUGGUCCAAAAGUCCAGCCUUUGAGUUGUUCUGCGAUAAUAGAUUGUUUUUCUAAAACUCUCUAGCAAGACGCUCAUACCGAGGUAUCAAGGUCAAGGGCUUUGUUGUCGUUAUUGUUAUUUAUUGCUACUAUUAUUGUUCUUGUUACUUGUUAUUCCUAUUGCCGUCAUCGUCGUCAUUGCUAUCAAUCAACUCUUCGCCAAGCAAAUAUGGUAACUCUCAUCAACAGCAAUGGGCCCGAUCCGCUACCAACGCCCAAACAGAUACGUUUCGUCAAUAAUCAAGGUCAACCACCUACUAAGAGAAGAAGGAUAAACGCUGCAUGUCUUACUUGCCGUCGACGAAAAACGAGGUGUGCGGGCGAACAUCCUACAUGUUCUACGUGUACAAAGAACGGACACGUAUGUUUAGGUUAUUCCGAUGGCCUCGAGAAGAGCAGCAAGAAAGAACCCGGUCGAGCGAUAGACGGUACUCAAUUCGACCCCGACGAGGACGAAUACGUAGACGAUGAACUCGAUGUCGAUCGCAAACAAUGGAAGAACAACAAUAAAAAUGGGAUUAAGCAAUUCGAACCCUCCGACGACUCCCCCAAAUCCUCUCGUCUCAUGUCCGAAUCUACUCAAGAUGCCGCGAAGUCGGAUGAUAUACAAUUGAAGUCGGAAAGUGUAGACUGGGAAGAACCUAGUUCACAACCGACUCCGCGACCCGAGCCCUUGCGUCGACCGCCGAAUCCUCGAAAUCCCUCAUUCUCGACCGAAGGUGGGCAUAGUGAGACCGCUCACUCCCCCGUACAAUAUCAUAAUGAGAGCCAUCGGGUUCCGUAUUUUCGAUACUUUGGCCCUACUGCUAUAGUACCGGGUUUCAAACAGAUGGUAGUAAAGGUUCGAGAUCGAAGGCGAAGUUCUAUAUCAGCGACAUCGCCCAGCGGCGCCAGUUCUGUGUUCUCCGGCCUUAUGAAUGGCAUACAACCAGAUGUCGAGAUCGGCCCAUUAGAAGAUAUGCCCGUAUACGACCCUAACGAUGCGAAUGAUGUGCCCCCUUUAAUCCUUCACCUUGUCGAUACGUUUUUCCUACACCUUGGAAGUAAUUAUCCUUUCUUGCGACGCGAUAAGUUCCCUAAACUAGUUCAAGAAAAGCGAGUAGAACCGAUAUUGGUGGAUGCCGUGUGCGCUUUAGCAGCUCGAUUCUCUGAACAUGCUCUAUUUCGAAAAUGGAACGACGGUAAACUAGCGAAAUCAGAAUAUGGCUAUAUCUAUGCUCAACGAGCCAAGGCGGCAACUGUCGAUACCUUCCCAUGCCCAUCCGUCGCUGCUGUCCAGGCCUGUCUAUUAAUGGCCUAUGAUGGUUUCGGUGCCGAUCAGGAUAGCGCUUUAUGGAUGUACCUUGGAAUAGCGAUUCGCAUGGCAGUGGACUUGGGUCUGUCCAAAGAAGAUGGUGUACGAUAUCAAGGCGAGAGAGACACAUGGGCUUCACGUAACUAUAAUAGAAAGGCGAGCGACGGUUUCAUUCAACCACCCCAGCCAGUUACGGAUGGGAACGCCACCCUCACUCCAGAAGAGCAAAAGGAAGUCGAACAAGAACGAAUAGACACAUUCUGGGCUGUUUUCUUCUUGGAUCGCGCCAUUUCCUCUGGUACUGGUCGACCAGUCACUCUGAAAGACGAUGAUUUCGAGUUGGAAUUGCCGAGAUCUGCUGUUGACCUCAGUACUGGAUGGCCUGAUCCGUUAGCAUCAUUGUUACGUAUCAUCCAUCUUUACGGUCGAGUUUCAGACGUCCUCAACAAUAUCACACAUGCCCAAGAUCUCACCCAAGAAAAGCUGAACAAGCUUUCCCAGAUGGAGACCGAACUUACGAGACUUCACCAAAGAACGGAUGCGCGCCUCCGAUUCGAUGCUAACAAUUUCCAAGCGCAUGUGAAGAAUGGCCAAGGCACAACCUUCAUAUUAUUACAUUUUUGGUUCCAUGCGUUGAUCAUCGUUCUACAUCAACCCACGUUAUUGACAAGAGAGGGGACGAUUAGCCGAGCGCACCAAUUAAAGCCACACAGUCGAGAACUUUCUAUGUCCAGCGCAAAGACGAUAGCCGAUAUACUUGCAUUUGCUGAGUUGGUCGAUCCGAAAUGUUUCAUAGGCAAUCCCUUUACUUCGCAACCCAUCUACAUCGCAGCGUGUGCGUUUUUGAAGGAGUCAAAAUCAAGUCCGUCGCAACCAGUCUCAAGAGACACCACACCUCCCCCUGAAUCAGCAGGUCGAGCGAUAAAGAGUGGUUCGGCCGUAUUAGACCCAGGCCCAGCAUCUAGACACCUUUUACUAGCAUCCGCGGCGAAUCAGAAUUACCAGGCAUGUUACAAAGCUCUGAAGCAAAUGCAUGCGUAUUGGGGAGGUGUCCGAUAUAUCCUUACUGCCUUGGACCAAAAGCUAGAUGGGCAAUGGGAUUGCGAAACAUUUACAAUCGAAGAAUAUGAGAGUGCUAGGCGAUACCGUCAAACCAAUGCCGUCAAUAGGUUCACGAGAAAUCUCGAAUUUCCAGCAUCUCCAGUCCCUGACAAUGGACCUCCGUUAGCUUGGUCGUUGACAGGAACGACGAAUUCGCCGAACUCUAGUCUAACACUACUCUUUCAGAACCCCGUCAAUCAUGGAGGCGUUAUGACAUCUCAAGUUGGCCCGGGGACGGCUGCUACUUCGAAUGCACCAACCUCAGCACCUACGCCGCCCGGGAACAUGAUUUACGAUCCUAUACGCCAGAGCCUACCCGAAACCACCUCGUCCAUUUAUCAUUCCGCAUACCCCCAACCGAACACCUCAGCCCUUCGACAUUCUAUUAGUCGUCCUCGUAGGGUAUCGAGUGGCCAGGGCAAGUCUUCAUAUCUAAGAUAUGAAAACUUGUCUUCUGCGGACGAUAUCAAUAAACCGCCUUCAACACAAGUAGGAGGCAUGAGCGUACCACCGACAUCAUACACACCAUCAUCGCAGUCAACGUUUGAGCCACAAUCUGGUUCGGGUGCAACCGGCAGUUACGCGACAAAUGGCUCACCAGCUAGCAGCACACAGAGCCAAAAUGCAUCAUCUGAUAGUGGAGGCGCACCGUCAAGCUUCCCACAAAGCGGACUAGCGACAAGUGGAUAUUCUUACCUGGGCCCUGGCGCUGGAUCGAACCUACACCUGCUGACAUACGACAACGAGACGGACAUCGGACAGCAUUUGACAAGCUUCGAGAGUACUGAAAUGCUUAGCUGGUUCGGCGAAUAUUUCCCUGGUGAUAGCACGUGGCUUUUCCCGGGAGACUCUUCUAUGUCCUGACAACGACUGUAAUGUGGAGGUCACGUACAUUAAGGGGUUGAGUUGAUAAAAAGAGACGAGCAGUGAGGGGACGAGAUUAAGAGGAAGAAAACCUGGGGGGGCUGUAAGAUAUCUCCCACGACAAUACACCGCCAUCUACCCAGUAAUCGACCACCUACCGACCUAUCUAUGGCCUAUCUAUCUACAUAUCUACCUACCUUACCUACCAAACUUCAUUUAUUCGCCCAUUCCUCGAUACGGGCAUUCCCACAGCCUUUAUGUCUUACCAUUAUAUCCAAUACGUUAUUCCAGAUAUACAUAUGUUGACACGGUUAUUCAUCGAGACACGAUAUGAAUUAACUUGUAUG